GUCUGGUCUCAACUUCUCUCGGUCAGUGAGCGUUGGAUCGUUGACCUGCACUUAUUAGCUUCGGUGUGAUUUUUAAAAACUCACUUUUCCUUGUUUUUUAAUUUUCAUUUUGUUACAAGUACAAAAAAACAAAAAAGAAAAAAAAAAGAUUUAUUAUUGUGGUUAAAAAUAUAAAGGAAUUAAUUAAAAGAUUUUAAAAAAAAUCGCUGAUGGAAUGAAGAUCAGUAAAAAGUCACGUGUUUGUAUUGUAGACCGUUCAAAUGUCAACACAUUGAUAGUACAGUGUUGAAGUUUAUUUUUGUCCAACGCGACAAGAUCAAAGAAAAACUAGUUUCACUUUUAUAACAACGAUUUGACUUGUCUGCCUUGAUACUGUCACGCGUUUUUAUUUUUUAAACUAUUUUAAAAUGAAACAUUAAUAAAGAAUCUAAUAAUAAUAAAUGUUAAUAUUUAAAUAUAAUAAAUAUAAAAAUGUAAUUUAAUUUGUGAGAUAAUAGAUGGGAAACCGUCAUCAUGGUUUGAUAUAAAUAUUUAAAUACCAAUAAUUUAAAAUUGAUAAUUUAUAAUUUAAUUUGAGUAAUGUGUUAAAUAUUAAUUAUUUAGCUAGUAGAGCUUAUGAUUAAUUAUAUCUGUGCCAUCUGGUAUUAUCAACAACACAAAUCAUCAUAAAUGAUUCGGAUAAAAGUGGACAUACGCCAAGUUAAGUGAAUUGAAACGUUAUAAAAACUCAUGUAGCAAAGUCGCUUCCGUGUAUUUUUUUAUUAUUCGGAUGUAGUAAAAAGAUAAAAAAUUAAAGACACAAAGAAGAAUUUUUUUUAAAUAUACAGCGGGAUUCAAAAAUUAUAAAAAAGUCCAGUCGGGUUUGGUGUAAGCGUAAAAAAUUUUGGUGUAAAAAUGACCCCGAGAAGUUUAUGCGGUGUAGUGUAAAAUAACGGUGUAAAUAAAUUUUGGUGUAAAUUAUUUUUCUAUGAAAUUUUAAUAAGGUGUAAUAUACUUUUCUUACACCAUUAUUUUUUAGUUGAUACAAUUUUGAUUAAUGAGAAAAAAAUGAUACUGUAAAAAUUUUUAGGUGUGAAAAUGGUCCCAAGAAAUUUACAUGGUGUAGUGUGAAAUAACGGUGUGAAAAGUUCUUGGUGUAAAUUAUUCUUCUGUGGAAUUUUAAUACGGUGUUAUAUACUUUCCUUACACCAUUUUGUUACUCGAUAUAAUUUUGAUUAAUGAGCAACGAAUAAUCACUGUAAAAAAUUUUUGGUGUGAGUCUCUGAGAACUUACACGGUCUGUUUGGUGUGAAUUGACGGUGUAAAAUUUUCUUGGUGUAAAAUAUCAAGUGGUGUACUUUUAACACGGUAUAAGUGUUUUCUUUCACACCAUUUGGUGUUACUAGCUCAAACAUUGUCCGAUAAUAAAAUCUGUAGUUGAAAAUUUUCAAAUAAUAUAUAAGUUACAGCACUAGUUUAUCAUAAUUAUUAUUGGUGUAGAUUAUUUUUGAAUAAAAAUUAAUUCUUGGUGUCAAAGUAAUCGAGAGUUUUAAAUAAAGAACUUAUUCAUUCACACCAUUGGUGAUGUGAACGUUUUAAUUCACACGGUCAAAAAUUUUACACCGUGCGUCGUGUAACUUUCAUAUUAGCAGUGUUAAAAAUUUUAACACCAAAUCAUUCACACCACACCGCGGACUCAAAAUUUUUUACAGUGCCCUGUAUUAUUUAUGUUAUGUAAUAAUUAUUGUAGGUCACCGUCGCCUGAUCGCAGAAAAAUGAGUGACACCAAAUAAAAAAUUCGUAAUUUAAUUCAACGGAAAUUUAAGUUCUGUUGAAAAUUUUAACACCAAAUCAUUCACACCUCGGACUCGAAAUUUUCUAAAUUGUACUGAACAUUUUUAACUACGUAAUCAAUGACUAUAUUAAUUUUAUUUAGAAAAAAAAUAGUAUUUUGAAAUAUUGUUUUAUCGCAAAAUUUAACACGAUAUUUGGUGUAAUUUUCACACCAACUUUUUACACCUAGUCUGAAAAUUUUUCACAGUAUAAGAAGAAUGGCAAGUCGCAUGAAAGCUUUGUACAACCAGGUGAUAUUUGAGAGAAGAGUCCUUUUGGGAUGCACUAUCCUCAUUGGGUUGGCGGUAUGUAUAUGGGCUGUAGCCAUUUGUACAGAUCACUGGUAUACUGUUGAGUCCCCAAUUAGUGAGCCGAAGGGUUUACUUCUACGGAAUACUGAUAAAAAAGGCAGAACAUUAGUAUAUAGAAAUCAAGGACUUUGGAGAGAUUGCAUUACGGGUUUCGAAACACCUCCGGAUAAUAACACUGGAGAAUUAAUAUUUUAUCAAGAAUGUAAGCGUCAAGAAAUGUUUCCAACAGAAGAAAAUAUAAUGUCUGAUUUUGAUUUUGAUGCUACUGUGCUCAGUUAUGCAAGAACUCAAGUUUCAUUUGCCAUAAUAAGUAUGAUAGUUAUGCUCAUGGGAUUUUCAUUUUCCAUUUAUACUUUUCGAAAUCCUCGAUACAUGUUCAAAAGAUUAGCUGGAGGAAUCCAUUUCAUCAGUGGCGCAUGUGUGAUGGUCGUUAUUCAAGUUGUUCUAUCGUCAAUGGAGUAUGGUAGUAAAAAUACAGUUAAAGGAUUUCCUAAAGGAUCAUCAGUGCAUUACGGUUUUUCUUUAGUCCUCGCGUGGUUUGUUUGUAUAGGGAAUCUUCUUGCUGGCUGUUCUUUUAUACUAUUUUCUAAAAAAAGAAAACGUGAUAAGGCACCAACUGAAGAACUUGCGAUGGCUGAUGAGCCAACUAUUAUAGGUCGUUAAUGAUUACACAAAAAAAAAAACGAAUUCUUCGAGAAAAAAAGUAACUUUUUUCAAGCCAAUAAAUUAUUCGCUUUUUAACUCAAAGAAAUAAAUUCCUACAAAAAGAAAUUGAAGAAAUUCUUGAAUUGUAGCAAAAUUCAAAUGAGUUAAGCUAAAGCUCUAUUUGCUAUGAUAAUUUUACUUUGCUCAAAAAAAUUCUUGUAUUAGGAAAUAAUUUUGAUGCAAUUUUGCAAUAAAAUAACUAAGCGGAAGAAUGUCUUCUUUUUAAAAAAGUUAU